AUGCAUCACGGGGACCUGAGGAAGAAGAGGAAGAACCAGCAGUACGAACUGCCCAAGCCCCCCUCCGAAAGGCACACGGAUCAGCGCCGCUGCGGCUCCGGGCUGAGCGGGGAUUACAUCUCCGAGGAGGGUCACUACUGGAUUGGCAUGGACAUCAGCCCCGCCAUGCUGGAUGUGGCCGUGGAGAGGGAGGUGGAAGGAGACCUUCUGCUUGCAGAUGUGGGUCAUGGCAUUCCCUUCAGGCCUGGCAUGUUUGAUGGCUGUAUCAGUAUUUCCGCAGUGCAGUGGCUUUGUAAUGCUGAUAAGAAAUCCCACAGCCCUCCAAAACGCCUUUAUCGAUUCUUCUCAACUCUUUAUACUGCCUUGGCCCGAGGAUCCCGAGCCGUGCUGCAGCUGUACCCCGAGAACGCAGAACAGCUGGAGCUCAUCACGGCCCAAGCCAUGAGAGCUGGCUUUACCGGCGGAAUGGUGGUAGAUUACCCCAACAGCACCAAAGCCAAGAAGUUCUUCCUUUGCCUCUUUGUUGGGGUGUCUGGCACGUUACCGAAGGGCCUUGGUACUGAGUGUGCUGAUGGAGAAGAGAUGCACCAGGCCAAGUUCACCAAUGAGAGGACACGGUUCAGAAACACCAAGGGCAAGUCUGUGAAGAAGAGCCGGGACUGGAUCCUGGAGAAGAAGGAACGUAGACGACGACAGGGCAAGGAGGUGCGAGCAGAUACGAAAUACACGGGUCGAAAGCGCCGCCCUCGCUUCUGAAUUGCUCUGGACGCUGCUGAGGUGGAAGGCGGUGUGGUGGUCCCUCCAGCGAGCCUCCCAUGGACAGCACAGAUGGGCACCCCAGGCCCGGGGCUUGC